AUGGGAGGUAAAUGUAGAGAAGGAUGCAAGAAAAAAGUUGUGGCCUCAAAAGCAGUUGAGUCUAACAAGUACAUAAUUUCUUGGUUCCCUGAGAAACAUAACCAUAUGAUGUCAACCCAGGAUAAAGUGCAUUUGUUGAGAAGGAACCAUAUAGUUACGAAGUCUAAGAAGGUAUGUAACCGAGACCUAGGUGCAGCCAAUAUAGCUACCAAUCAACAAAUGAGUCUUCUUGAGGUACAAGUAAGAGGAAUGGAAAACAUUGUGUGCACCAAUAAAGAUUUGUAUAAUUGGGAGAGAGAACUUCAUGCGAAGCUUAUCGGGCAUGAUGCAGAGCUUUUAAAAGAACAUUUUUUGGCUAAGAGAAAAAAGAAUGAUGGCUUUUACUUCAAGAUGAUGCCAGAUUCAUAUGUAAGAACUAAUUUUUUUUGUGGCAAGAUGCAACCUCAAGGAGUUCAUAUGGAUAUUACGAAGAUGUAG